CGAACCGAAGCUUGUCCAACCUGACUUGGUCCCCCAAACCGAGUCUCUUACAACUCUUGACGAGCUUUUUCACAUUAUUCGUCGGAACGUUUAAUCCUUACCGUGUAGGGCUGUGAGUCAGUUAACUUCAGCUCCCGCACCGGGCGUCCCCUGACCCGCAGGGAUUCGUUCCACGCUCCCGGUCUAAGCCCCCAAAUUUGAUAGCCCACAUACUGUAGGUGACUGCAUGUCGCUGUCAGGGCUGUAUAUAUCGUCUCAGGGGAAGGCCGCUCGCGUCUCGCGUGCUGAAUCUCCCUGUUGUGAGCAUGAUGCCUUCUCGAAAUAACAGCUUGCAGGACUCGUCAAGCACGUCAAGCGACUCUCCGGCGGCUUCUGACUAUAGGCCAGGUAACAGAAUAUCACAGCCUCGCAAACCAAUACCCAGAAAGGGACACACCAAAUCACGUCGCGGCUGCUUCAACUGCAAACGUAGAAGAAUCAAAUGCAAUGAGAAGCAUCCAGAGUGCAAUCACUGCAUAAAGGCAGGGCUGCAGUGUGACUAUCCAGCCAACAUCAUCCAGCUGACGCAGAGAUCGACAAACUCUCCACAUCCACAAGAGGCUAUGAACCUGAGUUCGACGCCUGGCAUGUUUACAAUGGCUGAUAUGCGUUUGUUCCACCACUUUCUUAUCACUGCAUAUCCACACCUACCUGUCGGCGCCGACAAAAUUUGGAUCACUGUUAUCCCGAGUUUUGCUCACAACUAUGAGUAUCUUAUUCAUUCAAUCCUGGCACUAGCCGCAUCGCACUUGGAUGCUGUAUCAAGUACGAGUGCAGCUGAACAGGCCAUACAUCACCGUAUUCUGGCUGUAAAAUCUCUCAACGAAGCGCUGUCGACGCCGCCAAAGUCGAGGAGCGAACAAGAUGCCAGAAUGGCUGCUGCGUUAGCACUCGCCUUCCAGUCAAGCCAUCUUCAGGAUGGUCUCGCGGAGUUUUUAACCAUGGUACGAGGAUGCAAUUUGAUUGCAGGCGGAGAGACCUUGACGGGACCGGCCCCGGCGUUCGAUGUGAGUUUGUCACCUUCGAUCACUACAGCGUUUGGAGAAGAUGGUCAUCUUCAAAACAUGAAGGAUCGUAUUGGAACCGACCCGCAAUUCAAUUGCGUCAACCACGAAGACCUCGAUUCCGCCGCUAUUUCGUUGCGCUCCAUCGAGUACCUCAACAUGUCGUCCUUUGAGAGGACCUAUUGGAGUACCCUCAAUGCCACUGUGCAACAAGCCUACGACCGUCCCAUUGAAGCAUACACCUCCUUCGUGGCGCUCUACAACAUUCCUUCACGGUGGACACAUGACGAGUUCCAAGCUUUCAUCGACCCGAAUAACACCGUCGCGCAGAUCCUGCAAGCACACUUCAUCGCCGUGCAGGCCAUUCUCACACCUAUCCUGUACCUUGAGCGCGUCGGCUUCGAGGGCAUCAACGCGCCAACCGCGGUGAUGAGCUGGAUCGAAGGCAUAUACAGAAACGUGCCGCCUCAUCUGCGGCACCAUGUCGAGUGGCCACGACAGGUAUCGCGGUUUCCGUUUAUGAGAUUUCUGGGACACACGGAAACAAACUACUUUGAUGAUCUUGGAUUGCUGAGUAUAUAAUUUUAUGGGGUUGGGGAGUUUUUAUUGUCGGCGUUGAUGGACUAUGAUGAUGAGAAAUGAUGUAUGCCAUGAUACCCAUGACGGCCUUACUA